AUGAGAUUUGGUUUACCAGCAGAUUAUGAAGUAGAAUUGGUUAAAGAGGUAAAGAAUGAUAUAGUGAUAAAAAGUAUAGAAGUUGAAGAAAAGGAAGAGGAAAAAUUACCAUUAGUUACAAUACCCAGUCAUGAUAAAUCAAUGCAACCAUUAAAUGUUAAGAAUCUAAUAUUGGAAUCUCAGUUCAAUGAUAUCUAUGAACAAAUUAAAAAUUAUACUAUUGAGGUGUUCAAUCAGAAUCAAUUAUUAGAUGAGAUAGAGUAUCAGAAAUUGCACAAUAAAUUAACUAGAAAUCAACAAUUGGAAGAAUCAAAUAUAAAUGCAUUGAUCAAUUCAUUUUCAAAUAUUUUAAGUUUACAGAAUGAUGAGGUCAAUAAUAUAAUCUUAAAACAUAAAGAGAGAAUAAAAAGAGAAGAGGAAUCGAAAAGACGUCUAGAAGAAGAAAGAAGAAGAAUGGAGGAAGAAAAACGGAAACAAAGAGAACUUGAAAUAAAGAAACAAAAAGAGGAGGAACUUCGGAGAAUUGAAGAACAGAAAAGGAUAGCAAAUGAGGAACAAGAACGUAAACGAAAAGAAGAAGAGGCCAAAAUAAAAACACAACAAGAAAGGGAUUUGAAACUUAAACAAGAAUUAGAAAAUAAAAAGAGACAAGAAGCUGGAAAAUUAAAUUUUACAAAUUAUGACAACAUAGAAAAGCAAUUUUUAAAAUAUAAACAAGACAUCAUAGAUAUAAAAACGAAUGUAGUCUCAAAAUUAAAUGAAGAUAAAGAAUUAAAGAAACAAUUAAUGCCCUUUAAAAGGAAAUUAAAUCCUAAAUUUGGUCAAUUAUCAAAUUCUCAAUCCCAACUUAAUAAAAUCACAAAUGAAGUGCUUUCAAUGAUUGAACUUACAAAGUCAAAUGAGCUUAUCUUCAAAUGGAUUUUAAAUUUUAUAGCUAAAGCAAUUAUAGAUCAAGCUGAGACUGAAGUUAUAGUUAGAUCAUUUGCAGCUAUACCAUUGGCUCAUUUAGCAUAUAGUAUUUUAGCUAAAUUUCCCGAAUUUGAAUAUUUUUUAACUGCUAGAUUUAUUAAAAAAUGUCCUUAUAUUAUAGGAUUCACAAGUUCAAUAGAUAGUGAACAAGGUAGAUCAAAUAUGGGAUAUAAAAGAAAUAAAGAUGAUAAUAAAUGGGAAGAUACGACUAAAUAUGAUGAAAGAAUGAGUGGAAUAAUAACUGUUUGGUCAGUAAUGUCAAGAAUACAUGAUGAAAAUCAAAUUGGUAUAUAUUCUUAUGAUUCGACUUGGAAAUUCUUAGCUAGAAUUUUAAAUUUAUCAAAUGAAUUACUCACUAAUACACAUUUUGCUUUAUUGGGUAAUUGGUGGGAGGCAACAGCAGUUGAAUUUUUAAAUCGUUUUGGCAAACAAGGUCAAAAGAUAUGUGAAUUGGUGGUUUUUGAUUUGACUAAUCUGGUUGCUAAUAAAAGUUUCCCAUCUGCUCAAAGAGUUAAAAUAAUGGGUGAAGAUUGGUUACAAAAUAGGAAAAUUGAAACAUUAAAGAGAAUGGAACUUUAA